AGGACAUACUUGUGUACUGUGUGAUACAAGAGAGUUCAGAUCUGCCUCUGAUGUGUCGUCCCUGAUGACGCAAGAGCCACGGUUCGAAGCUGCACUGGCCAUUCAUCUUUUCAAAGGAGGCAGGCUUCUUUUAGAUGCUGGAGUGCCGUUUGGGGUGGUGUUUGGAGGGACGGAUGUCAACGAGGACGUAAAAGAUGAGCACAAGCGAGCUGUGAUGGAGGAAGUUCUGCGCAAGGCCAGGUUUGCUGUGGCGUUCACUGAUAAACUGAAAGGAUGCGCCGAGGAGCUCUUGGUAUGUGAGAGCAAGAAGAUUUAUGUACAGCCUCAAGGGAUUGAGACCAGAGUGGCAUCACAUUUCAGCUGGAGUGACUUUUUACACAGCACAGGUGUGCGAACCAAACAAGAGGAAAAUUUACGUGUGUUUCUGCUGGUAUGUGGACUCAGACGAGUUAAGGAUCCUCUGUAUCUUCUAGAAGUUUUUGCAGAAUGGCACAGUCAGAACCCCCUAGUGGUCCUCAUCAUCAUUGGUCCAAAGAUAGAUCCAGUGUUUACCGCACAGGUUGAGGAGAGUGUCAAAAGGUCUGUUGGAGUGUAUCUGGCGGCCGAUUUGAGUCAGGAGGAGCUGCAUGCUGCCAUGCAGAAAUCAUUUGCCCUGGUCAACUCGUCUCUCUCAGAGGGAAUGUCUGCUGCCAUCUUAGAGGCCAUGGAUUUAGGUUUGCCUGUUUUAGCGAGGGAUGUUCCUGGAAAUGCUGCAAUAGUCAAGCAUGAGGUCACAGGACUGCUGUACUCAAGCCCUCAGGAAUUUGUAAGCAUGUCCAGAAAACUUCUGGAUGACCAUGAGCUCCAGGAAAGACUGGUGAGAAACGGAAAGAAUUACAUUACAACUUGCCACAACCCGAUGAAGGAGAGAAUAGCCUAUCAGAAACUGGUGGAGACUCUUCACUGACAGUUUGAUGGGACUAACAUGUGUCUCAGGUCUUUAAGAACUUUAACUUUAAGAGCUUUGUGCUCUUUCUAGAGCUUUUGACUGCAUUUCAGUUGGAUAUGCAAGCCUCUCCCAUGACUGCCACGAUAAUGGUGGCCAUUUGUCUCUAAAGUAGGAUAAACAGGAAAGAUAUAUUUAUAGGACGUUGACUUCUUUUGUUUCACCAGGUAUAAAAGGGACAUACAUUUUACUAUACAUUUAGUGAGUGUUUAAAUUACAAUUUAUCAGGCCUUGGAACAAGGGCAGGUGACCGAUCUGGCAGUUUUUCUUUUUUGAGGGGUAGUAAUUUAUCUAGAAGCGUGUACCUGACAUUCAUUCGACACUGCACAAGGCCAAGCUCUUGCUGUGUGCACAGACAGCUGCAUGUUUGCAAGUGUUUGAGUUCUACUUUUGUUGUGUUGCUUGUUUGUAGUGAAGAUUGGGUAUAAAAGUGCCAGUGUUACCACAGUGGUUGUGAGUUUUCUGGGUUGAAGAAUGUUGACAUUACUUUGCUAGCAAGAAAGUUUCCUAGUCUUAGGAGGAUCUCAGCUUGAACUGAACAGACAGCUUGUGUUCAUGUGUGCAUAUGUGAUAUGACAUGACAGGCAAGACAUACGAUUAACUAAAAAUGUCUAAAAUGUACUAUAUUUGAUUUUACUCAACAAAUGUAAGGUAUGAGGUGGGAAAUCCACUCAAAUAGAUGCCGGCUCCAGUUUCAGAGGUGUUACAUUUAGCUUGUUUGGAACAAAUUACAUCCUGCUUUUAAUGUAGUAAAAUUUUGUUUUAAAAAUGUUAAACUGUGUCAAGGCCAAGAUUUACAGGCUUAAUAAACUCCAAAGACAAUUCUCUGUUUGUCAUAAGCUGAUUCAGCUGCCAAACUGGUUUUUCUCUUAAGCCCAGAUGAAGAACAGUGAUGCUCUCUGUACAAGAAAUGAAACACAAGAUUGUUUUUAAAGGACACAUUUAUUCUUCGGAGGAAUUUAAAUUUAUUCAUGAAAGUUACUUUGUUCAGGGAUUAAGGUUUGUGUUUAGAGGUUUUGCUAAACAUAAAAUAUUUAUUCUGUUUGUAACUAAGACUGUAUGUCUCAAAUCUUAAACCACGACUUUCUAUGAUUGUAUCUACAUUUCUUUUACUUUCAUGGCACAAUAAAAUAUACUGUAAACACUUGUAUACAAACUUCUGUUGAA